AUGAGUUCAAAUCACAAAAACCCAUUUCUGACCGACACGGAAAAAGAAACAGACCCAGAGGUCCUGAAACGAAGAGAGAAACAGAUUGAAUACGGGAAAAUAACUGAAAGAUAUCAAGAAUAUAUUGAAGCUGUUCCUAAGAACGAACGAAAAUACUGGCAGCCAAGAACUCCCAAAAAAGACCAGGUCACUCCUCGACGAAUUUUCGACGGAGAAGUUCAGGCCUGGAAGAAGAAAUUGCACUACUGGAAUGAUAAGGAUGAGUGUACCAAAAUAAUUCCGAAAGGAAAGGGUGCUGGGAGAAAACGCGAAUGGAAGCCAAAAGAUUCAUCGCCCGAGGAAGAAAAAUCUGCAAAACGUCAGAAAUAUCCGUCCGAAAGAAAUGAUGAUCGAAAACUUUAA